UCAGUAGUGGAUCGGCUGCGGUAAUGUGACGAUCUUUCGCUUUAUUUCUUAUAUUCGGUGUUAUGUUGUGACCAUUCGCCUGUUGCUUUAGUAAGGACAAGCAGUAGAGAGCAAUUCGGCUAAGCUUCAUCUGUGAAAAGUCUAGCAGUGCAACAUACUGCAUUCAGUAAACGUGGCUUUUACAAUAGAAGUUUCACUGCAUUGAUUUCUAAACGGGCUGUGAAAUGUUUCACCGUAAAUUUGAAGUGGUUUGGCAGCAGAAACUGGCAAUUCUUCUGUGUCUAUUUAUUUCGUCCUGCUCAUCAAAUCCGCAGAAAACUAUCACAACCUACCAUGGAAAUUUGUUUCCUUCAUUGGCAACUUCAGUAGUGGGAAGUGCUCCUAAGCUGUUGCUUCCAGAAUCCGAUUCAUCUGAAGAACGUCGGAUUCUCACAGGAUCCGACUUCUUUUAUUCCUCUUUGGAUGAUACUGCAGGGGGCCACGAUGCAUGCAGUUUUGAAAAAUAUGCAUUUGAUCACGAUGGUACGGUGAAGUACGCGAACAAACUACCGUCCCUAUCUCAGUUCACGCUAUGCAUGUGGAUGCGAUUCACUAAUCACACAGGCGAUCAUACGAUCCUCACUUAUUCUGUCGACGAUGAACCUCGAGAAAUGCAGCUCUGGAUUUCGAACAAUGGCGGAAUGAGCUAUAUAAGCCUUGCUGUUCAUGGCCAAUCACUAUUCAGGUUGAACUAUCCAUUCAAAAUGCGAAAGUGGCACCAUGCGUGUGCGUCUUGGAAUGGAAAGACCGGCGAAUGGCAGCUUUGGAUCAAAUCAGAGCGUGUAGGGCGCGGAUUCCAUAACCGGCUGGUUGGUUAUGAAAUUAGACCUCAUGGAACACUGUUCUCCGGAGGACCUUCCAUUACCGGUCCGACUGACAUUGGUCUACAUUUCGAAGUAACGGCAGUCCAAAUCUACAAAGUUGCCUUAAGUGCUGGUAAGGCACAUCGCGAUCAUAAACAUCAUCAUGUGCAUCAUUUUGACAUCAACGGUGGAGAAGUUACUUCCCCUACGCCUAGUACACCUGUGACGACAUCGCCACAGUCUGCGAACCCACUUUUGGCAAAUGGGCAAAUUCCAACACGUGUUAAGAUCAAUCUUGCUAAUGGACAACAGAAUAGCGGAAGCCUUGGCAUUCCAACGAAAGGUCUGCCUUCGCAAUUGGUUGGGGGAUUCAGCCCCUCCACUGGCACCGUAACAACCAACUUCGUUAAUGGUCAAUUCAGUACUGGAGGUCGGUUGCUGCAAGAGCAACUAGUAUCCGGCAAUGUGAUCAACCACUUCCCAAAUACCAUUCCAUUGUCAUUGCCAACAUCUGUCAAGAGUGCCUCAACUAAGUUUUCAUUCCCGGACACCACUUCAUUCACUGACAUAUCCGGUAAUGACGGAGCAUAUUCGAUCGUACAACUUCCGACUGAUGCUACAGCUCGGAAGCUUUUUAAACGGCAAACGAAGGACACCCCUGCAGACGAUACAAAAACUAAGCGAGACGUCGUGCAGCUUCACGAUGGUUCAUUACUACAGAGUUCGGAAUAUAUAUUCGAUGGCUUGGCCGAUUUCGGUUUGCCAGAUUUCAAGAAUAAGGUUGGUCGAGAGACCGAUAUAGAGGAUGAAAUUCGAGAACAUGAUAAAGAACCCGCUGAGGAGGAAGUGAAAGCAGUACUAAACAUCUGUACCAAAUGCACUCCAGAACCAUUUGCGAAAGCCCUAGUGUUUGCUUGGAAAGAUGCAUCAAUAGAACUCGAUGGAGCUCUACAGGCCAAGGCGUCCACUCACUGUGGCCAUUUUUAGGACAGCAUUUUUUGUGAAUCGUGUACCCCUCAAGGUACUUUUUCUCGCAAUGCCAACACAAUAGAAUGGAUGAAAUACCUCAAUCAGUACAUUAUUAGAAUAUUUACGAAAGCCAUAACCAGGGACAGUUUAAAAGUGUAUAUAUUGAUAAAUGUAAUAAAUGAUCAAUUGUUAAUACAA